AUGUGUACCAUUUCUACCCAGGCGCAUAACCCACGGUUUUAUCAAGGCACAUAUAACUAUCUUCAAGACUUCACUCAAAGCCAGGGAAGACUGCUCAGCAAAAGUUACAGAUACUCCGAUCUCUGUAUCAUAGUUUCAGAACAUCUCCCUUGUCCAAAUCGUACCAGCCAGUGACUCCAACGGCGAUGCGAAGUGCUAUCCGCUAGGAACAUACUUCAACAGACGUUCACGUGUCUUCCGCGCAUCCACAAUCUGCCUUCGAGACUUCCUUUUGGGUGGAGAUAAGUGUGCUGGUCGAUCACCCCCUAGGUGUCGCAUCAACUUCAUUAUCAUGAAUGAAUAUUGUAUUGCCACGAGUUGCCCGAGUGUCCCACUGGAACAGCGCACAACGGCCACCACUGAAUCUCCACCGACGCGCCAUCGUGUGGCUCCAACGCCGAUGUUUUUAAGGCCGGUGCGUUCCCAUAAC